AAACGCCGAACACGUUCUUCUUGAUUUGUAGGUUAUAAAGUAUCGACGUGUAAGGUUAUAGUGUAUACGUGAAGUUUUCUAUUCAAGAAUUUGGAUAUAUUUGUAUCCGUAGUAUAGUUUUGUGUGAAAGAUUUUAUUUCUGUGAACUUGGAGAGGUGUUUUUAUCACAAUGAUUGAAGCCAGUGGAAGAAACUUCGAACAUCGCUUUGAGAGAAAUCUGAAGAUAUUUGUGAAAUCGAGCGUGGAAAAAGUGGCUCCUCAAGCGCCACCAGGAGUGCGCCACUAAGGACCUUAACCAUCCAGUCCCACCAACCAACCAACCAUCAUAACCCCUACAGAGUACCAAAAAGAGAGUUCGAAGACACUCUCUCGAAAACACAACAAAAAAACGAAAGAAAAGAAAAAGAAACAGGUAGAAAAAAAGAAAAGAAAGCACCCUAGAGAAGGGUCACGCGGAAGAAAGGGGUUAGCCGCGAAAGUGCGCGUGUCCGGGGGCGACGUCGCCACUCGCGCUGCUCUUGAGGGGCGCAACGGCGCCGGGCGCCGGGACGCGGUAGUCACGACGCGGACGCGACCCAGUGCUCGUUCACCGGCUGUGGACAGCGCGUACGGUCGGGGUUCGCCGGGAAGAUGAGCAAGGAUCGCCGGGAAGUGAAUUAUGAUACACGUGUCGUCGGAGAACGCUCAACGAUACGAUCGUGUAAAGCGCAAGGGCGCAGCGUUUCUCUCGAACUUCUUUAAGUCGAAAAAGCUGACGUUAGGCAUGAAGAUCAACGAGGACGAAGAGAUGGAACGUGCUCCGAAAGUCGAGACACCUGCGAUCAUUACGAAUGCCUGCAGGCGCAGUGGCAGCGAGAACGACAACCAGGUAUCGAGGAUUCCGUCGACCUUGAGCGUGGCAGCCGUCGAUGUCGUCGUCGCCUGUCAACCGUCACCGUCGCACUCGAUUCUAACCUUGACACCUGGUAGAACACGAAACAUCGAUCAGGAUAUGGAGGCGCUUAGGUUGAGUCGACAGGAUAAUCCUUUCCUACAGGUACUGGCGAGUCGCGAGAGCCUCGUGGAAUCCGUGGAAGAAUCUGAGUCUGAUGACGCCAUACUCAUGUCUCAGGAACUAGGCGACACCGAUCCUCUAACUCUAGCUCAAGUGCACGAGCACCUGGUACGAAGUCCUCCACCUGCUUCGUGGCCGCACACCACGACUUUCCAUUUUCCCCAUCAGAAUCAGACCACGUCCGGGAAGAGCGACGUGCUGGCACAUUACAAGAGCCCGUCGAAGACGGGCUCGUGUCGCAGCAACGAUCACGAGCUGUCCAGAAGCGAGCCAUCCACCGAUAUCAGAGAUCGCCACUCGCAUACGUUCUCCUUGUUACACCCUACGCCGAUUCGUUCAUUGUCAGACGUUCGGCGUCUUCACAGAUCUGCGGACGACAGUGUGCAGCUGAUGUCAAGCGAAUAAGGCGUUAACGUGUUCCGGUCCGCGGCCGGGCUGAGAUGGUUUCUCGCGUUCAGAACACAAAGCGUGCUUUGUCGGUGCUAAAACGUCUGCGAGAGUUCCCGGAAUGUUUCAGAGGAGUGUGUCCACGCGGCACGGGCACUCGAAAGCUCCUCGAGAAGUUCACGCACGAUCGAGAAUCGAUUUCUCGAGUCAAACGUCUCUCGAGAGGGAAAAGGUUCUUCGGCCACUUUGAAGAAUUUGUAUCGGAGUUGACGCACAGGUUGGCUUUGGAAACAAAGAGGGAGUUUAAUCAUUGUCGCAAAACUGACGUUACAAGAAAUUUCGAACGUUCUGUGUCUCGAAAGUUGUAAGUCGUGUUCACGGGAGAUUCACGAAUUGAGAGGAGUUUUUAGGUUAUCCGUUUGUUUACAAGGCACGGUGACAGAUUAGAUGCGGCGGAACGAACGGAAAUGUUUCUAUUACAAAAAUCGAUACACCUAGUGUGAGGAUUAAAGCCAUAAAAAGAGAGUAUUAUUAAUAUAGUUUUAAUCCUUUUGAUAUCGCGGACGCGAACAAGCGUUCAAAGUGAAUGUGCGUGCGGUGAACGCACAUGGGCGUUCGAUAAGCAGCCAAUGCACCACAAUCGCAAACAUAGUCCGCACGCGAUCUAUCGUUUGCGGCCAUGUUUAACGUUAAAAGGGUUAGUUACGUGCCCUAUGUCAAAGAAAGCGACACCUGUUUUCGUUGACGUUUCACAUGAAAGUUUAAAAGAUAAAGUAUCUAUUUUUCAAAGCACAAAAAUUACUAGAAGAAAUUUAUUCAAAUUAUUCAAUCGUUUACAAGUAUAGAUAUCGUUUCAUGUACGGGGUGCCGCUUUUUCUCCAAGUGUAUCAAUAUAUUUUAAUGAACUAAAUGAAUACGACAAAUCUACUGCGAAGUGAAAUUUGACUACACUCGCU